GAGCGCAGCCGGGCUGGGCUGCGGCUCCCGGCUCCCGGCUCCGCGGGCUGCCCGCCGUACGGGGGGCGCUGGGACUACCGCCCUGCCGCGGGGUAGCCCUGCCCGCACCGAGCAGCCCUGGGGCACCAGUGCCACCUCUUCUGCCCAGGUGACGGGCGGCGGCAGCGAGCCCCUGCUCCCCCCGGAGCUCCCCCCCGCCGGACCUCUCUGGCUCUGACAAGCAGGAACAGGAGUUGGAGACCCGCACCGGAGCCUUCGUCACCUACCUCCCCAGCAUGCGGACUCCGACGGCGAUGAUCGUGGGGAUGGUGCUGUGCCACUGCGGGCUCCUGCUGACCUUCACAGGCACAGUGGCACCCAGCUGGAGGCAGGUGAGCCACAUGUCCAACCAGCCCAUUGACUUUGUCUUGGAGCAGGGCAUCUGGGACAUAUGCACAGAGCGGCAGAGCACCCAUGACCGCCUCUGUGGGCAGGCUGAUGAGCUGGCCUACUUUGAGCAGGUGCCCGUGCGGGUGGCCCAAGGGAUGAUGCCCACCUCGCUGGCGCUCACCCUCCUGGGCUUGGUGGUGGCUGCCCUGGGGGUUCGCUGCUGGCAGAAGGAGCCACAGCACCUGCUAGCUGGCGUGGCAGGGCUUAUGCUGCUCCUCUCAGGGCUACUGAGCCUCGUGCCUGCCUCCUGGUACACCCAUGAGCUAUGGACACUGCCCACACCGGCCGGGGGCAUGCUGGUUGCAGGCUAUGGCUUGGUGCUGAGCUACCUGGGAAGCUGCCUGGAGAUCUUGGGGGGGCUGGCCCUCGCCCUCAGCUUCCACCACUGCUGCAAGGAACGCAGGGCCCCCAGACUGCCCGCCAGCCCUUCGCUGGAGGCGGGACCGUGGUCCACCACUGGGGCUUUCUGCAAUCCCUGGGACGUGCUGGAGGAUGAGCGAGACAGACAAGAGCAGAGGAGCACCCUGCCUUGCGACUCGGACUUGUAGCCUCACAGCACAGGGACAGCAGUGGGCACUGGCCAGCCCACCUGCCUGGCCCUGAGAGCAGCACUGGCUCCUGCUCCUCCAAGCCAUGCCCUUCUCUUGGGGUUCCUCAGAACAGGCUGGAAACAAGACCAAGGACCUGGCUUGAAUCUCUGCAACCUCCCCAAAAGCCUGCCAUACUCCAGGUUGAGGACCAGCCCUGGCUCCAGUCCUUCCCUCCAGAUGCAGCUUUUAUCUCAUCCUCCUGCACUGUGCAACAGCUUGGGCAAAGGCAGCACCAGUGUUCUCACGUGAGCAAGGUACAGGUUAUUAUCCCGUAGCCUUCAGGGCUGGGAACAGGGGAGGGAAGCACCUCCCACAUAUCUCUGAAAACAGCAAAAUAAAUGAAGAGGAACGGGUCUGUGCUGUGGGAUGG